AUGUAUGAUCUCCAGAAGGUCAUCAUUAUUGGGGGAGGACCUACUGGCCUCGCAGCUGCCAUCCGUCUAGCUCAACACAACAAGCUGAACCCGGUCAUCUACGAGCUCCGAAACCCAGAAACUGCAGGUAUCGGCGGCUCUCUAGGCAUUCCUGCGAAUGGCGUGCGUAUCCUGCACCGACUCGACCUCUGGAACAUAAUCCUCCCGCGCAGCGUAGACAUCACCAAAACUGUCCUGCACUCCACAUCUGGCAGUGUUCUGAGUGAAGUCGAUAUCGCUUCAGAAGCCAAACAAAGGACGGGUUUCGGAUAUCUUCGCAUCAACCGGGUGGAUCUGGUCGAGUGCCUGCGGGAAGGCACUCAGAAAUACCAGAUCCCGAUCCACUACGACAAAAAGGUCACUUCCAUCGACGAUCGUGGAGACUCCGUAACAGUUACCUUUUCCGAUGGUACCAGUGACACGGCGUCACUUCUCCUGGGCUGCGAUGGAAUCCACUCGGCUGUACGCAAGAUGCACGUCGAUCCAGGGGUUGCCCCUGUGUAUUCGGGAAUCUCGGCGAUAUCAUCUAUUGUGGACGAUGUGAUCAAUCGAGAUCCCAACGAUACUGACUGCCUGCACUCAACAAUCACGCCACAUGGAAUGCUGGCUACCGCGCCCUGCGCUGGCAAGCAAAUAUUCUGGUUCUUUAGCAAAGAGGUGCCUUUGCCGAAAGGCACCUCCUCAGCUGACGUCCGUGAUGGAUGGUUGCUUCACCGUCAGAAAGAGCUGGCCGACUGUCGCAGCUCACUGUCGAACGUGCUGGACUGCGUACAUGGUCAGUGGGGAGAAUACCUGCGGCAGCUAGUCGACGCUAGCCGGGAUGUGCAUUUCUACCCGCAUUAUCGCCUGCCACUAGGGGGUCGGUGGUUUUUGCCCUCGGAUGCCCCACAGGGAUCGCCGCGCGUGCUGUUGAUGGGGGACGCCGCGCAUGCCGUGCAACCUCACGCCGGGCAGGGCGUCGCUCUAGCGUUGGAGGAUGUGCUGCUACUCUCUGGACUACUGGCCCAGUACCAAGCUGGUGACUGCACAACCCUUGGGGAGGUUUUUGGCCGAUUCGAUCGGCUCCGUCGCCCGCGGAUCCAGCGCAUCAAUGAGGUUGCAUUACGCAAUGGCAGAAUGCGCCGUAAUCAGUCGCCGUGGUCUGUGUGGUGUAAGGAGUGGUACAUGUGGAUUAUGUUGCAUGUGAAUCGGUUCUGGGGUAUGUCUAUGUCGGGGGUGUUGAAUGGGGAUGUCUUGUAUGACGUGGAGGCGGAGUUGAAGCAACCAGACCGAGAUGGCUAA